AUGUCCAGAGCUGCGAAAGGAAGGUCCUCGAUGAAGCUGUAUCUCGGUGAGACGGGCCGAAGAAGGAAGACAAUAGCCGCUGAGUUUCUCAAAGAACCACUUCACCGUGUUCUGCACGGUCUCUUCCAUCUCCAGCCCUUCUUUCCAAGAGACAGCCCGAUCGCGGCCGAUGCCUUCCUCCGUCGGCUGGGGGCGUUGCGACACUGCGCGGACGCUGCGCCGAGGAUGCAGCCGUGGAAACGGGGCCUCGUGAGAGACAUCUGCAGGACACUGCUGCAACCGCGUCCCCGCAAGACGAUAGGCGAGAGUUCUGUGGUGACUGAUCACCAUCCGCCGAUCGCGUGGUUUUGCGGCCCAGGAAGAGGCACAGUUGCACGCUGCUUCGCUUUUCGUCAUUUCCGCAUUCGCUUCGUCAUCACGGAGGAGAAAGGUGACAGGGACAAGGGAGGGAAAAUGGGUGGCCUUCGCCUCGUCGAUCGUUUUUCCGCUUUCCAGCCUAAAGACACAAAGCUAACGUCUUUCCUGGCACUAAAAGUGAAGUUCGUGGGUCGAGCGAUCCAAAACAAAUCGUUCCACGACCGAGCAGAGAGCCUUCGAUGGUCCCGGAAUGAGAUCGCCGAGCGGGAGAUCUGCAAGCUCGUCGCUCGAUGGAAGGGCGAGACCGUGUGCGAUGCCGGAGGAGGUUGGAGGUCUUUUCGGAUGUCCUUGUCCUCGGAUGAUGCAACGCAACGUCGUGUCUCGAGGAUUCGGGCUAACGACCUCGAUCUCCAGUCAUUCAUUGAUUCGGCCGUCCAAGUUCUUCUCCGGAUGCUCAAGUUAGCCAGUCAUGACGUCAUCGUGCCAAAAUUGGCAUAUCGGAAGGCGGAGAAGUUCAAUUCCAUCAGUUUCUAUGUGCAACAAGUACAGAGGCGUGAAUUAAAAAUACAGCGAGUGACGCAUGCAUGUGUGCGCGGACACACGUCGGACCUGGUUAGCUUGCAAUGGCUUCCAGAUUCCACGAGAGGAACUGGGGACUUGAAGCGAGGGGCCAUGGGCAACGAUAUCGAUCCCGAGGAAUACCCCUUCAUGAGCAUGGGUUCGUUCUGCCUUUAAUAAUCAUCUUUUAAUUAUCAAAAUCCACCACAUUUAUCAGGACA